GGAGCAUUUCACCCCUGCCUUCAUCCCACAAUAUCUUGUUCAUCAUCUGAUUGAUCUUUGUGGUUUCUUUCCACCAGGGUGAACCUGGGCUACCAGGGCCUGCCGGAGCACAAGGCGUACAAGGAAUUCGGGGUAAUCCUGGUAUACCAGGUUCCCAGGGAGAAAGGGGGUCUCCUGGCCCACCUGGAGUCCCUGGGCAAAAGGGGGAACAAGGGAAAAGAGGCCGUACAGGAUCGAUGGGACCGAGAGGACCUACUGGGUCUCCCGGAACAGAGGGAAAGCCAGGUGCCCCAGGGAUCAAAGGCAACAAGGGGGAGAGCGGUCUUGGCAAACUGGGUCCCAGAGGCUACCAAGGUGUUCCUGGCCCGCAGGGGGAAGAAGGAACCGCCGGACUUCAGGGGCCUCUGGGCAUGAUGGGAGAGAAAGGCCCCGCUGGUUUAAAAGGAGAGAAGGGUGACAUUGGUGUUCCUGGUCUCAAAGGAGAGAAAGGAGAUUCGAUCACAAGGUUCGGACCUCAAGGCUACAAAGGCAACAAAGGAGAUCCGGGGGAACGGGGUCUUCCUGGUUUUGAUGGAGACAAGGGCGAGAAAGGGGAGGAUGGGCCUUUUGGAGAAAAGGGGAUGAAGGGAGAUCCGGGGGCCAAAGGAAUCAUGGGUUUAUUUGGCAGGAGAGGAGCGGUGGGGCAGAAGGGUGAAAUUGGAGAACCAGGUCUGAUUGGAUUUGCUGGAACCGCGGGUCUGAAUGGGAGGAAUGGAGCGAAAGGGGAAAAAGGAGAUCGAGGCAUGCAGGGGCAAAAAGGAGAGCCGGGUGAAAAAGGACUUCCUGGAAUGGCUGGAGACACUGGAAAGGUUCAAAGGUAA